AUGGAUAUCUCGUCAAUUCUUCAAGGCGGCUACCAGCACCCACUCAGCAGGCAAUGGCAGAGCAAGCGGCAAUUGACAAAAUCUAUGCUGAUGUACCCAAUCUUUAUUACGGACGAUCCAGACGCCUCUCAGCUCAUUCCGACUCUUCCCGGCCAGUCUAGAUGGGGCGUUAACAAGUUGGAGGGCUUCCUUGGCCCGCUAGUCGCAAAAGGUCUACAGAGUGUUAUCCUCUUCGGCGUCCCAAUGUCCUGCGAAAAGGACUUUCGCGGUACACCCGCAGACGACGAAAAUGGCCCAGUCAUCCUUGCGAUCAAGAAACUUCGCUCGCUAUUCCCUGACCUUUACAUUGCCUGCGACGUCUGUCUUUGUGAAUACACGGAUCAUGGUCACUGUGGUGUUCUCCACAAAGAUGGGACUAUCAAUACUGAGCCUUCAGUUGAACGCAUCGCAGAAGUAGCUCUCAACUACGCUCGAGCGGGAGCCCACUGUGUUGCCCCCAGCGACAUGAUGGACGGUCGAAUCAAGUAUAUCAAACGGUCCCUCAUCGACAACGGUUUUGGAAACAAGUGCACUCUUAUGUCCUACUCCGCCAAAUUUGCCUCUUCACUCUAUGGGCCUUUCCGAGAUGCUGCUGGUAGUGCUCCUUCUUUUGGAAACCGCAAAUGCUAUCAACUUCCACCCGCUGGUCGUGGACUGGCUCGUCGUGCUCUUCAACGCGAUGUUGUUGAAGGUGCAGAUAUUCUAAUGGUCAAACCUGCCAUGCCAUAUCUCGACAUCAUUGCGGAUGCAGCCCAAAUCGCUCCAGACCACCCUCUAGCCUGCUAUCAGGUUAGCGGGGAGUUUGCUAUGAUACAUGCUGGCGCCAAAGCGGGAGUCUACUCACUCCGCGACAUGGCCUUUGAAUCUGUCGAUGGUAUGCUUCGAGCCGGAGCAACUCUUAUCUUGACUUAUUUCACCCCCGACUUCCUUGAGUGGCUGUAG